AUGUAUUAUCAAUCAUUAUCAUCAUCAUCAUCAUUCAGUUAUGCUGCAACAAAAAUUCAAGGUGCAUUUCGUAAUCAUCAGGCUCGAUUGAAGUUAAAAAAUGAAGUAGUAUGGAAAAUACAUGAAAAACUUGAGUAUUCUAAUGAACAAACUGAAGCAAAACUUCGGGAUAUGUUUGAAAAAUUAUUGAAAGCAUCCGAUUUACUUUCACCAUCUAUUACGAAAUUACUUCAAACACCUGGAUUAUCACUUGAAGAAAAAGAACUUUUAAAAUUAACAAAUCCAGAUAAUAUUCAUAUUGAAGCUAAUUAUCAAGGACUACAUAUUGAAAGUCCAAUUAAGAGAAGUACCUUUGUUGAUUUAAUUGAAACUUUUCAAAAAGGAAAAAGUAUAGAACAUGAUAAAAUAUUUUUAAAAUUAUCUAAAUGA